AUGGAGAAGCUCCCGGCGAUUGGAGAGUACGUAUUGAGGUCGAAAUUGGGGGAGAGUUCACUGUCGACGGUAUGGGAAGCGGAGCACAGAACCACCGGACAAGUGGUGGCGCUGAAGCAAAUUCAGGUGAGGAAAUUGACGCGCCGCCUCAAGAAUUGCUUGGAGUGUGAGCUUUCCUUCUUGUCCUCCGUCAAUCACCCGAAUAUUAUUCGCCUUCUCGAUGUACUAGAGGUUAAGUGCUGCAUUGUCCUGGUCUUGGAGUUUUGUGCUGGGGGAAAUCUAGCUUCGUACAUUCAGCGUUGUGGCAGAGUUCAAGAGUGCACUGCUAAAAGAUUCAUGCAGCAGCUCGGAGCUGGUUUGAAGGUUUUGAAAUCACAUAACAUUAUCCACCGCGACCUGAAACCCGAAAAUAUUCUCUUAUCUUCUUGUGAAUGUGACCCAGUUCUAAAAAUUGCCGAUUUUGGACUUUCAAGGAUUUUACGUCCGGAUGAAUAUGCAGAAACCGUUUGUGGUUCACCAAUGUACAUGGCUCCCGAAGUUUUACAGUUUCAAAGAUACGAUGAAAAGGUCGACAUGUGGAGCCUUGGCGCAAUUCUUUUCGAACUUCUCAAUGGCUGCCCUCCUUUUCAUGGUCGGACUAGUGUCCAGCUUCUACAUCAUAUCAAGGCCUCUACAUCUCUUCCUUUUUCUCGACUGGUUCUUCCACAGUUGCAUCCCGACUCUAUUGAUUUGUGUACAAGAUUAUUGUCGACUAAUCCAGAUAAUCGUUUGUCCUUUGAAGAGUUUUAUCAGCACGACUUCUUACAAAUUGGGAAAUGGAGCGUUACCUCCAAAGAUAAAAGUUAA